UAAUUAUUGUGAAUUCCAACUUAUAACCAUCUGAUUAAUAAACAUUGUUUAAUAAUUUUUGUUGUAUCAAUGUGUAUGUUUUGAAAUAUUUUGUUUUAAACAAAUAACUAAUAUUUAAAAUGGACAUUAAGGUGUGUAGAAUUUGUGGUGGUGUGGAACAAUUAAAGAAUAUUUUGGACCAAGGAACAGAAAUGAGGGAAAAAUUACUCUUAUGUACAAAUAUUGAUAUUUAUUGUGGAGAUUCGUUACCGAAACUCAUAUGUGACCCAUGCGAUAUAAAUUUGGAUCUUUCAUAUCGGUUAAGAAAACAAAGCGAAGAUACACAAAAACGAUUUAGAUGGGAAAUAAAAAGAAAAGAUCCUGUCUCACAAGGAAAUGAUAAAGUGAAAAAUUCAUUAGAUUCAUCUAAUAGCGAAAGUGAUGCAGAUAUUUCAAAUUGUCAAAAAAUGUAUCAAUCUGUUCAUUCUAAUAAAUCAUUUGAAAUAAAUAUGAGAGAAAAUUGUACAACGCUUCACGAAAUCGAAUAUAUAAAUGGAACUAUUAAGAAUAAAGAACAAUCGCCGAAUUUUGAAAAAGAAAAAAAGGAGAUAAUAGGAGAAAAUUGCAUAAUUAUAGAUAAUGACAUUAUUGAACUUAGAAGCUGUAACAUAAACAACGAUAAAAUUUUUAAUGGUCUAGUUGACAAUGAAGAAACCGAAAUAUUAGUUGUUAAUGUUGAUGUGAAUAAUGAUAUAAACACAAGCGAUAAUAUUUACAAUUUAGAGGAGGCAAAAGAAAACCCAGUAACUUCUGAAUAUUGUAGUAUUGAUUUAUUAUCCUCUUCAUCAGAAUCUACGGCAAGUGACCAUUGUAUUGAUUUAGAAGCCGAUCAUUCCGAAAAUUCCCUUACAUGUAACACCUGUCAUGAAGUUUUUACUAAGAAAAACGAAUAUAGUAUACAUAUUAAACAGCACGGGGAAGAACGAUAUCAAUGCAUUCAAUGUUGUAGAUUCUUUCCCACUCGUUUUCGAUUAAAAAGACAUGAGGAAACUCACAAGGAGAUUGCUAACUACAACUGCCCUCAUUGUAAGCGAAAUUAUCGAGCAUUAUAUAAUCUAAAUCGGCACAUACGGUCAGCACAUAUAGAGGAAAAGAGUUUGAACUGUACCAUCUGUAGUGUUAGUUUCUCCCGUGUGGAUGUCUUAAAGCGUCAUAUGCAACUACACUCUGAGGAGAAAAACUACAGUUGUGUAUUGUGUUCACGGAGCUUUAAAACUAGGGACUAUUUGUAUGCUCACGAUAAGGCACAUCAUUCUGGAAAUUCUUUUGUAUCAAAAAAGAAUAAACGAGCAAAGGCAGAAAAUACCAAUCAAAAUCAGUGUGGUCAGUGCGGCAAGCUCUUCAAAUCCUCAUUUGCCUAUAAAAAUCAUUUACUUAUUCACACAAAUGAGAAACCAUACGAAUGUGAAUCUUGUAAUAAAAAGUUUCGAACGAUCGCGGCUCUGACAACACACCAGCGUAUUCACGACGAUUAUCGGCCAUACCAGUGCGAUUUAUGUUUAAAAAGUUUUAAACAAACUGCACAUUUAAAAGAACACAAACUUCUGCACUCGGACAGUGCUCCUCAGCAUGUUUGCACUAUAUGUCAAGCAUCGUUUAAUAAGAAAAGCAAUUUAAACGCACACAUGCGUAUACAUACAAAAGAAAAGCCAUUUAAAUGCGCAGACUGUUCUGCUGAAUUUACAUAUAUGCAUCUGCUCCAACGGCAUGCUAGUAAAGUACAUAAUAGAAGCGCACACAAAGUCUAUAUUAUAAAUGAGUCCUAUGAAGCAAUUGAAGCACAUGAUAUCGUUAAAAGCAACGAUAUAUUCGAAUCUGAGCUGUAUAUUGAUACGGUGACAGAUGAUGACCUUGAUCAUAAUGUUGCAGAUAUUGUGGAUUUGAGUGAAGAUGAUCACGUAAUCUGUAGGUCGUCUUCUGAAUUAGAAAUUAUAAACGAUGAGCUUGCAGUUGAUGACAAAUCCGAUGUCGAGACUUGUGCUUUAAAGAGCCAAACAGUUUUUGAUAAUGUUCAAAUACAUUCAAUUGAUUCUAUACAAUCACAAUCGCACGAAAAAGAAUUCGUUAAUGGCACUGAAGAUUGUGAAAAUCAUAUAAUUGAACAAAAAGUUGAUCUUUUUGUAAGCGAAGAAACGAAGUUAACAAGAUCAAUCUAUAAUGUUAACAGAUUAAAAUGAUUUAAACAAUAAGGGCCAAUCUUUAGGUGAAGGAGAUGGAUUAAACUUGAUCAUGAAAUGCAAAAUUGUAUACUGCUGAUGCACAAAAAAGAAAGAAAAAAAUAAUACAAUUUUUAUUAAAAUAAACAUGAUUUAUGAUUUAAUUUGA